AUGAGGAUGACUACGAUUAGUCGAUUGAUUAAAUUUGGUCUUCACAUUUACGGUGUAUGGCCCUAUGUACCGUCUACUAUAGUGUUCAGAUUGUACUGGAUCAUAAUGCUAAGCACGGCCCAAGUUUUUCAAUACGGAUACGUAGUAAUGAACAUUCAUAUGGACGAUUUCUCCGAGUACAUGGACGGAGUGAGCAGUGCAAUGACAUCUUCUCUAUUAUACAUUAAACUUAUUAUUCUUUGGACUAAUCAACGAAUAUUUUUUGAUGUAUUGCAAAUGAUGUCUGAGGAUUGGCAAGUUCAUACUUCGAAUUGCUAUAACUCACGUAUAAUGACGGAUAUGGCGAAUGUUGCACGUCGCAGCUCGAGAUGGAUUGUUGGCAUGCAAAUCGGCUCUGCAACUUUCUACAGUGUCGGCGUACUCGCCGCUAAUGCAAACAGUCCCGAGAAAUUAGAGCCGUAUGCGCGAGAACUUAUUCUAAAAAUGGAGUUCCCAUUCAACAUUAGUACAGAUUUUAUUUAUACAACUGUUCAAACGGUUCAAUUUUAUCACCUAUUUUUAGUCGCCUGCGGUAUUACGAUUAUUAACUCACUUCUCGUCACUUUGUCGCUUGACACACCCAAUGCUGCAGCGAUUUUGGUAAAAUCUGUAUUAUUCUACAUCUCAAUGAACGUCGAGGCAUUUAUAUACUGCUUCUGCGGUGAACAUCUAAGUGCCAAGAGCAAAAUGAUUGGAAGUGCGGCGUAUGAUUCUCUCUGGUAUGAUUUUCCAGCCAAAGAAAGUCGAACUGUGUUGUUUCUUAUUCUGAGAUCGCAAAAAAGAUUGACAAUUACGAGUGGAAAAAUCAUCGACCUUUCUUUAGAACGAUUUACCAGUGUAAGGUUUAGCGAUACAAAAGCUACGGUUUUCUUGAAAGCUCCGCCUCCCCAGAUUUUUCUGCGAGCAAAAAUGUCUGGUGGCACACGUACUUCAGUGAUUCUCGGUCCGUUUCGUUGAAAACAUGGAGAUGAGUACAAUCAGUCGCCCUGUAAAAAUCUGUCUUCACGCCUACGAAUAUUCUCUGAUAUAUUGCAAAUGAUGGCCAUGGAUUGGAAGAACUGCGUUUUAACUGAUUGCAGUCUGCGCAUCACGAUCAACAAAGCCAAACUCUCGCACCGCAUCUCAAAUUGGAUUAUCGGUCUUCAACUGGUUGCCGUAACUUUGUACAGCUGCGGCGUGCUUGCUGCUAACAUCGGUAAUGUUCAAAGAAUGAACAUGUCCGCGCGGGAACACAUCUUGAAGUUGAAGCUGCCAUUCCAGAUUGAUACGUUUCCUAUUUACGUGUUUGUUACGAUCCUCGAAUUUUUUCAUAUAAUGACGUGCGGCUGUGGAAUUUCCACAAUAAAUUCACUCAUCAUCACUUUAUCAAUUGGUACACCUGGCGGAGCAGCAAUUUUGGUGAGGUCAGUACUUUAUUACAUUAUGAUGAAUCUCGAGGCAUUUAUAUAUUGUUUCGCCGGUGAAUAUUUGAAUGCCAAGAGCAAACUGAUUGGAGAUGCGGCUUACAAUUCUCUUUGGUACGAUAUUACAAUCGAAAAAAAACGAAUAAUAUUGUUCAUGAUCUUAAAAUCACAAAAACGAUUGACCAUUACAAUUGGAAAAAUUAUGGAUCUCUCUUUAGAACGAUUUGCUAGUAACUUUCAACAGGAUAUUAACAAUGAUGAUGAUCGACUGGGAAAAAUAUUCUGGCACAAAAUUCAUAGCAAGAUUUUCGUAAAGCACGUGGAUGACAGCAACGCUUCCAACAUGUCCACACGGUUGCUCAUUCUAGAGAUGGAUCUACCAUUUGACGCUAAUCAAAGAUUCGUAUAUGAAUCAGUCGUAAUUAUUCAAUUUGUUAAUUUGCUAUUGUGUGCCGACGCAAACUGUUUAAUAAAUGCUCUACUCAUAAAUCUGAUAUUGCAUAUAGGCGGACAAAUCGAUAUUCUUCGAGAGGGAUUAAAGGAAGUUUUUCCGAAGAAUGGAAAGUGUAACCUGAGUCAUUUCACGAUAAAGAAGAUAAUCAAGAAGCAUCAGAAAAUCAUCACAUUUUCAGAGCACAUCGAAGAUCUGUACACGUAUAUUGCGAUGGUGCUAUUCGUAUCAGAUACUCUGAUUAUCUGCUGCUUAGGUUUUACAAUUGUUGCGAGCAAAAGUAUCGGAGAUGCUGCGUACGCUUCCCUCUGGUACGAGUCAGAUUCUAGAGACAGUCGAACUAUAUUGUCCUUGAUAAUGAGGUCGCAAAAUCAAUUAACCAUUACAAUAGGAAAGAUAAUGAAUUUGUCUUUGGAACAAUAUAGUACUGUAAGGUGCUAUCACUUAUGCUUUCUUCUAAGCUCUCAGUAUGUACAGAGACACUACAUCAUACACAUCAAAUAUUUAAUUAAAUGUUAUUUAUAA